AUGGAGUUCUUCGAGAACCAGGUCGGUGAGGUGCGCUACUUGACCACGCUGGCCGCAACACCCGUGCCAGUGCCCGUGUCGCCAGCCGAGUCAGUCGCCCACCACCACUCUACUGCUGCUGCUGCUGCUGUUGCGGAACGUGCCACAGCGCCGGCGGGCGCUGGCGCAAAGAGGAAGAGCAGUGCCGACGACUCUUCUAGCGCGAGAGGCAACGGCAACGGCACCGGAACCGCCCAACAGCGAAGCAAGCGCAACAGAUACAUAUCCAUCGCCUGCAACGAAUGCAAAAGACGCAAGAUCAAGUGCAAUGGCGAGACACCAUGCCAACGCUGCGGCAACCUCGAUUUGCAAUGCUUGUACACGCCCAACUGCUGCUCCACCAGCGUCAAGGACUCGGACGAGUUCAAGCAGAUGGUGGCCCAGGUCAAUCAGUUGCAAGAGCAAGUCGAGACUCUGUUCAGCAGCAUGAGCGCCAUACGAUCCGAAGCUCUGCGCCUGGCCCCCAUCCAAGACCGAACCGUGAACAUGCCGUCCGCAGCGAGCACCCCUUCCUCGUCUUCCAUGACCAUACCCACCUUCCAACGGGCGGACCAACCACCGCCGCGCCAGCCUGGCUUUCGCGGUCCCACGAGCACUCGCUUCAGUCUGGAUGUUGCCAAAAACACUCUUCACAAGAUGGGCUACAGCGGUCCGGGUGAUGGGAUCGAGGCUGAUGGCAAUGGCAAUGUCCGAGAAACCCCCGAAUUGUCGCCCCGAAAUACGCCUCAUAUAGCGAUAUCGCCUCACAAACCUCCACCAGAUCCGCUGUGGGAUUUCGACAAGGACGAUCUGAUUCGUCUUUGUCGCAUAUAUGAAGAUGAGGUUGGCAUCAUGUACCCUAUCAUCCGGAUCGAGUCGGUCGUGCGUCACGCCAGGACCUUGGCUACCUGGAUGGAAGCCGCGAAAAAGAACGGCUUGGCGCCCCCUUUCAGCCAGGAUGGUGGCAUCAGCGACUUGAAUACUCUUCUGCUCAAGGUGGUCCUGUGCAGCGCUUUGCUUGUCGAGGAGCACGGGAGUAGUGAAAAAGCUCAGAGGAUAUUCGAUGACAUCAGGCCAACAACAGACAGGAUGCUCAUGAGCGACCCAGCGAAUGUUAAGAAUCUGCCAAUACUGGCCUUGGUGGCUGGCUAUUACUUUCUCUCCAACGAUGAGAUUCUCUCUUGGCGAACCAUGGGCCAGGUGGCGCGGCACUGCUUCGAACUAGGCCUCCAUCGGCGUGACGCGAUCGAGAAGAUUGCGGAUGAAGAGGAGCGUAGGAAUGCCAUCCACACAUUCUGGUCGGCUUACGUUUUGGAUCGUCGAUGGGCUUUCGGUUCCGGUCUGCCAUACGUAGUGCCCGACGAGGAGAUAGACCCCCAACUACCUUAUCCGGAAGCUUUUCCCUUCCUUAUCGCCAUGAUAAACUACUCCAAGCUCAGCGCGAGAGUAUGGCGGCUCGUACGAAAUUUCGAUCCCGAUGCAGUCACAGAAUUGCAAGCCAGAGACCUCGAGGAUUUGGAUCAGCGAAUCAAGCAGUGGUACACUGAGUUGCCCGACGAAGCUCGGCUUGAACUCCCAGAUUGGGAGGCUGUGCCGAGAUACCUGACACCCCAAGUCAACUCGUCGCAGAAUGAAUAUGAUGUCCAGCGCCUGCAGAUAUGGACGUAUCUGCGACUCAAUCAGAUCCGAACCUGGCUCUACACCCCGAUUUUGCAUACCCAUAGCAGCAUCAUGGAGAACAUGAGGCACGCCGAUUCCGCCGUCAAGCUUGCCAAGAAUACCAUCAGGUACCUUACGCACUUGAACAACGCUACCAACAUAUACAGAAAACUGCAGGUCUUCUACCACCAGUUUCUUUCGUCGGCCAUCACAGUCCUCUUCCUAGCGUCUUGCCAUGCGCCGGUGAACUUCAGCUCAUCCUGUCGCGAUGAGUUCUACAUGGCUUUGGAGCUGGUCAAAGACAUGUCGUCCAAGUCGUGGGUGUCGAAACGGCUUUGGACCACCAUUAAAUCGCUGCGUGAGGUAGCACCUCGCCUCGGCUUAGCCGAAGACCCUCACUCGACCGCGGCACUCACGAUGGCUGGACUGGCCACCGGUCAGAUGAGACCUAGUCCCCAACUUGACCCCGGCUAUGGUGUGCCACCUCCAGUACCGGGAUCAUCUCCAGGUCUGGAUGGCGCACAGGCGGGUCUUCAGAUGUCGAGUGAGAUGUCACGGAUAUUCGAAGGCUACCUCGGCAAGACGACUCAGGUCAACGACAACCUGGCGCACCCCGAUCCUGGCUCGGUGCCCCCAACAUCGGUCAGUGAUGGACCGGUCCUGCCGCUUGGUACUAGUGGCAGUGUAUAUCAGCACUUCCGGAACAUGUUCUAG